AUGGACGAGCCGGGAAAUGGCUUGUGCUGGUACAACAGUGACAGAAGCUUCCACCGCUGCUGUGUGGAAGAAGAUCCGGGUUGCUGGAUAGGCUCGUGGGCGACUGAGCAGCUUUGCUGCUAUCCGCUCACAGAGCGGCACAGGAAGUGCUUCAAUGCAAUUGAAGGGCGAGUGGAGAUCAAACUGGGCAGAAUAAGAGGUCUCCUUGCAGAAGUUCAAGCAACCGGGCUGCAAGAGGAAGCUGCAUCUCUGAUGCGGCACUCUUACGCGUAUGAAGCCUUGCUUGCCCAACCCCUGGCAGUGUGGGCGUGGGCUUGUAGUGUGCCAGAUUCCCCCCUCAUCUGGAGCGACAAUUGCGAGUGCUGUGAGCCAGCAGAAAGUCACUGUCGCGACCAGGCUCUUCGCCCACAGGAAAACCAGAUUUGGACAGAGUUUGCUGAGUGUUGCUUCCCUGUCUACUCGCGAAAGACUCUUCUUCCAAUGGACGCUUUUCUGAGAGAAAGCAUCAGCUCGGACCUGCAGGCUUUGAGACCGCAAAGUGACAGCAUACGGAAAGAUGGGCCAAAACUCCUCUGGGAUUUGGGCAAGGGACAUGCAGCCAGAGGUUGUCUUUUAUCAGUCCAUGAGAAUGGGACAGUGACAUCAUGCUCCGAGAGCCAUGCCUGCCACGAGUUCGACUGCUCCUACCUGCGUGCAGUCCUCUUGGCCUUGAAGGUCAUACAGUCUACGAACCCCCUGCCAGCUCUAGAUUUUAUCUUGAGUGCCGCUGACGAGACCGUGGAAAAUCCGUUUCCUGAGGCGCCAGUCUUCACACGAGUCGGGACGCGCUGGACCGCCACUGUGGCCCUGCCUGCCGAGUGGCAGCUGCACCCAGCGCAGUGCCAGCGAACGUUGAACGAGGGCAUGUUCGCUACGGAAAAGUUCAAAUGGGAAGACAGGGAAGCUGUAUUGAUUUGGAGGGGCACGUACUCCAACCUGUGGGCCAAAGAUUGCAAAGCAGCGCGUGCUGCAAAAGACGGAGCUGCGAUGGAGGAAUGUGUUCGCUUACCGCCGGGACAGGUCAGAUGGCCAGUGUGGAACUUCACAACCUGGCUCCAGCUGCCGCGCGGGCGUUUGGUUUGGCUGAGCCGCUUCGUUCCAUUCAUUGACGCCAGGUUUGUAGCAUCGUCGCUUCUGCCGCCGAUGGAAGCGAGCCUCGAGAUGUUCCUCCAAGAUGAGAAGCUAUUUGCGCCCCGGAUGGAACCCUUGGCCUUUGGACAGUACAAAUAUCAGAUCGCCAUGGAGGGCAACAGUGCUGCAGACAGACUUUCCUGGCAGCUCUUCUUGGGCUCUGUAGUGCUUAUUCCAGACCAGCCUUGGCAAGUGAUGUCGCCUCUGAACAUGCUGCAGCCCUGGGUCCACUUUGUCCCCGUGUCGUACGAUCUCAGCGACUUGGUGGACAGGCUUCUGUGGCUCAUAUCGCAUGAUGCGGAAGCCAAAGUCAUUGCGCAGAAUGGUUUGGCUUUUGCCCACCGCCAGGCCCACAGUUUUCACCAGCUGUCUGUGAGAAGCUUUGCAACCUGA